GUCGGUCAAACACAAGCCCCUCCCCUAGCUCAGACUGCGGAGCGCUCCGGGACCAGGACCCAAGGAUUCUGGACUUUGUUGCUUGGAGGGUGUGAUUGAUCAGGAUAAACGGAACCGAUCAGCUGAUCGAUGUCCCGGCUGCUGGAGAGCAGGAGGGAGAAGGACAGGAUGAAGGAGACCAGCCUGAAGAACAAGGAGAAGGAGCGCCUGAAGGAGCGCGAGAAGGAGACGAGAGAGCGGGAGGCGCGUUCCAGCAGCGGUCACCUCUUUACCUCGCUGAGCGUGUCGGCCACCACGCUCUGCUCGUCCUGCAACAAGAGCAUCACAGCCAAGGAGGCGUUGAGCUGCCCAGGAUGCAACGUCACUAUUCACAACCGCUGCAAACAGCUUUUCCCCCUUUUGGCUAAGAUAAAGCAGAGGCAACAGAAGCUGACUCUGGUCAGGAAUAAUUCAGCUCUACAGAAUGUCGCCCUGCGGACCAAAACUCCAAUGAUGAAGGAACGUCCAAGCUCAGCCAUUUAUCCCUCAGACACUCUGCGCCAGUCCCUGCUAGGAUCCAGGCGGGUUCGGUCCGGCCUUACUCUUGCCAAAAGUGUUUCCACCAAUAACAUCGCAGGGGGGACGGAGGAAGUUGUGGGUCUCCGGAGGAUUCUGUCUCAGUCCACAGAGUCUCUGAACUUCCGCAACAGAACAUUAUCCAUGGAGUCUCUCACAGAUGAAGCGGAUUGGUGGUGGAACCCCCUGCUGGAGGAGCUGCAGAAGGAGGGCUGCUGCAUUUCGGCCGACAGCUGGAGUCUGGCGGUGGACUCUAAGUUCUUGCAGACGCUUCAUAAAGACACCAUCAAGCAGCAGGAUGUCAUUUACGAGCUCAUCCAGACCGAGUUCCAUCAUGUACGGACAUUGAGGAUCAUGGAGGGAGUUUACCGCAGAGGGAUGCAGGAGGAAGUGAUGCUGGAAGCGGGCGUGGUCCACACCAUCUUUCCCUGUCUGGACCAGCUGCUGGAGUUCCACUCCAGCUUCCUGUCACAGCUGCUGGACCGGAGGAAGGAGGGGCUGAUGGAGGGAAGCUCCAACAACUUCACCGUCCGCCGGCUGGGAGACCUGCUGCUGCGACAGUUUUCAGGUCAGUGCGCAGAAGACAUGAAGAAACUUUACUCCGAGUUCUGCAGCCGCCAUCCUAAAGCCGUAAAACUCUACAAAGAAGUUUUAAAUCGAGACCGGAGGCUGCAGCAGUUCAUACGGCGGGUUUGUCGCGGUCCUCUGCUGCGUCGUCAUGGCGUCCAGGAGUGCAUCCUGCUGGUGACCCAGCGGCUCACAAAAUACCCGGUUCUGAUCCAGAGAAUCCUGGACAACACUAAAGGUUGCCCUGAGGAGCUGCAGAACCUGGAGAAAGCCUUGACCCUCCUGAAGGAACUGAUCGGCUCAGUGGACCAGGAGGUCCUAGAACUGGACCGGAACCGGAGGCUGCAGGAGAUCCAGGCUCGUUUGGACCCGCGAGCCCAGGCUGAGGUGAAGGGAGGCGGAGCCUUCAGGGGAGGGGAGCUGCUGAGGAGGAAGCUACUCCAUGAGGGGACGCUCACCUGGAAGGUUCAGGGCUCCCGGAUGAAAGAUGUGCAGGUCCUGCUGAUGUCAGACAUCUUAGUUUUCCUCCAGGAGAAAGACCAAAAGUUCACCUUCGCAUCACUGGAAAAGUCUCCUGUGGUCUCCCUCACCAAACUGAUCGUCAGAGAAGUAGCCAAUCAGGAGAAAGGGAUGUACCUGAUCAGUGACUCCACCCCUCCAGAGAUGUACGAGGUGUACGCUUCAUCGAAAGACGACAGGAAGACCUGGAUGAGCUGCAUCCAGAAGGCUGCUCAGAGCUGUCCAUCAAGAGAAGAGUUUCCUCUCAUCGAGACGGAGGACAAAGCUUUACUCCGCAGACUGAGAGCCGACAUUCAGCAGAAGGACAAGGAGGUUCUGGAGCUCCUGCAGGAGCGCGCCACCUUGUUCUCUGACCUGGUGCAGGCGACAGCACGAGGAGAGGCUGGGGAAGAGAAAAGCGUGGAGGUGAAGCCCCCUUCCUCCAACAGGAACCUGUUCAGAGCCGACACUCCUCACGCUCCCAAAGCCGAGCCGCUUCUGCUUGCCGCCAUCGGGGAAGUCGACAAACUGGCGGCGCUGCUCACCGAUUCCAGCACGCAGAAAUCCUCCGUAACCAACGGCAACCAGGACAUCCGCAACGGCGACUCUGGUUCCAUCAACGGUUCGUUUAAACUGAACAGCAGCUCUUCAAAGGACAGAAACGGGAACCAGCUGCUGGAGCGGAGCCUAAACGAGGAAGUGCGGCAGCGGCUGGUCACUCUGAGCACGCAGCUUCAUGCCCUGCAGGCUGCAGUGAUCCGCCAGGAUUCGAUCCUAGAACUGACGGGCAAUGGGGGUCCGACGCCUCCCGCCGCCCCAGGCUCCGCCCCUGGCCCCCGCCUGGUUCGGUCAAUGUCCAGGGAUGCAGCACUAGACGCCAGUGGGGAGGCGGUGCUUCUGCGGCGGCAAGUAGAGCUCCUUCAGGAGGAGCUGUCACGGCUGCGAGUAAAGGCAGAGGAGUGCAACAAGAAAGGGGGGGGUUCAGGCAAGAAGAAGAAGAAGAACAAAGGAAAAGGUGACGCCAACAAGGACCAACAGGUCAACAAAAAGGCAGAGGAGCCGGAGCCACAACCUUUCGCCCCAUUGGCCAUCGAGGAUCCUGUCGACCAGUUGGACGGCCUGGAGGAGGGAAAUGAGGAGGAGGAAGAGGAAGUGAUGAAGAUCUCUCCACGCUCCGACAGCCCCAGAGACCUGCAGGACAUCCCGGAGGAGAUUGAGAGCUAACCUCCCGGCUCCGCCGUGGACCUGGCCCGCGUGACGUGGUCGAUGAUGUCGCCGUUGCUGCCAGAGAUCCGCUGACUGUCUGACUUUUUUCCUUGAACUUUGUUUUUUAAUUUUCUGUUGGAUACAGGAAGUAUAACCAUGAGACCUGUUUACGACAUCAUGUCUGCUGGAAGGGAGGGGAGGGCGGGGGGCGAUAGAGAGGGAGGGGCUUUAAAAGGCUGAGGUUAUUUCUGAUUGGAGGCCUGGUUUCAGGGCAGGUGGGCGGAGUUUGUGUGUUUCAGUCCAAAGUCUAGAGUCUGCUUCAGAAAAUCACUUCAGGACAUUAGUCCUGCUGAUGUCUGCUGAAAUCUGCUGGGAGGAUUCUGAGAGGACUCCUGGGAACCGCUGGGAUGAUUCCUGUUGAUCUCUGAAGGAUUCCUGGGAACCUUCCUAGUAAUUCCCAGGAAGUCCUGUUAAGACUUCAUAAAAAUAACUGAGAGGAAUCCUGGGAAUUACUGGAAAGGUAAUUCUCACCAGGAAUUCCCUGAGAGGAAUUCCUGGUGAGAUUUCUGACAAUGUCUAGUUGGGUACCUUUGGGAUAUCUGGGAUGAAUCCUUGGAAUUACUGGGAGGAUUCCUAGAAAAUUCAUUCAAGAUUGAUAGGAGCCUUUAUGAAGGUACCUUUGGGAUCUCUGGGAUGAAUCCUGGGAACUGAUGGGAUGAUUCCUUUUAAUCUCUUGAGGAUUCCUGGGAACCUUCCUAGUAAUUCCCAGGAAGCCCUGUUAAGACUUCAUGGAAUCCCUAAGAGGAAUCCUGGGAAUUACUGGAAAGGUACCUUGGGACUCUCUGAAAGAAUUUUUGGGACUCAGUAGGAGGAUUCCCUGGAAUCUCUGGUAAGAUUAAAUUGAAUCCCUGAGAGGAAUCACUGGUGAGAUUCCUGACAAUGUGUAUUAGGGUACCUUUGGGAUAUCUGGGAUGAAUCCUGGGAAUUACUGGGAUGAUUCCUAGAAAAUUCAUUCAAGAUUGAUAGGAGCCUUUAUGAAGGUACCUUUGGGAUCUCUGGGAUGAAUCCUGGGAACUGAUGGGAUGAUUCCUUUUAAUCUCUUGAGGAUUCCUGGGAACCUUCCUAGUAAUUCCCAGGAAGCCUUGUUAAGACUUCAUGGAAUCCCUAAGAGAAAUCCUGGGAAUUACUAGUAAGGUACCUUGAGACUCUCUGAAAGAAUUUAGGGAAAUCAGUAGGAGGAUUCCCUGGAAUCUCUGGUAAGAUUCAAUGGAAUCCCUGAGAGGAAUUCCUGGUGAGAUUCCUGACAAUGUCUAGUAGGGUACCUUUGGGAUAUCUGGGAUGAAUCCUGGGAAUCACUUGGAGGAUUCCUUGAAAAUUCUUGGAAGAUUGAUAGGAAUCUUUUUGAAGGUACCCAGGGAUCUCUGGGGAGAUUCCUGGGAACCACUGGGAUAAUUCCUAUUAAUCUCUGGAGGCAUCCUUGAGGAACACCACAAUCGAUCUGUUUGAAGUUCCUUAAUGUUUUCCGAAAACUUUUGGGUGGUUUGCAGAGGAACCGGGAGGUUCCCGCAUCUUCCAGAAUCCUGGAGUAAAGGUUUUAGCAGUCUUCAGCAAUAGACCUCCUGCAGGACCUUUGCUUGAAGCAGGAAUGUUUUUCUUUCUCACUCAGCGCCAAACAUGAGACACAUAAACGGUCACCACACUACAAUACCCAGAAGGCCUUUUGAGCGUCAGUCUGAUUGUCUUUGUGAACUUUAUUUAAACAGAAGUGUAGUUUUAGAGACAUUUGAUUCUGUUUGUUACUGUCUGAAUAAUUAGCUUCAGAAUCUCUUAGAGUUACAAAGGAAGCCAAAAAGUUUGUAUUAACCUUAAAUGAGCAGCAGAAAGGGAAGAAGCAGUUAGAGUCGGGGACUGGGAGAAUUGGGGGGGUUCUGGGGACCUGUUGGGAGGACUGCAUGACAUCACAGCUGCUGUACAUUAGCACAAACGCAUGUUAGCAUGGCUGUAUCUUUUUUUAUGAAAGUUAAAGGUAAAGUGGAGGAUUUUUGCGAUUAAAAAAUA